AUGGCGGCUAAUGCCUCAUUUCUGGAAGAUGACCUUUGUUGUUGCGUGUGCUUUGACAUCUUCAAGGAUCCUGUUGUCCUGGAGUGUAGCCACAACUUCUGUGGAGCCUGUCUGGAGAAGUUCUGGGAAGAGAAGAGCUCUCGGGAGUGUCCAGUCUGCAGGAAGGAAUCCUCUAUCAAUCCUCUGCCUAACUUGGCUCUGAAAAACAUAGUGGAGUCCUACUUAAAGAGGGCUAAUUGCGAAAGUCCACGGAGAAAUGAAGCUUGUUGUCGUCUUCAUGGAGAGAAACUUAAGCUCUUCUGUGAAGACGAUGAGGAGCUUCUGUGUGUCGUGUGUCAAACUUCAAAAAAGCACGAAAACCACAAGCUCUGUCCAGCGGAAGAGGCUGCACCGGAUCUGAAGAGGGAGCUGAAGAGUGCAAAGAAUUUUGUUACAGAAAAACUUGGAAGGUUCAAAGAAUUUAAACGUGCAUGUGAGGAAACAGCAGAACAUAUCUGGAGUCAGGUCCAGCACACAGAGAGGCAGGUUAAGGCAGAGUUUGAGAAGCUCCACCAGUUCCUGAGAGAUGAAGAGGAGGCCAGACUAGCUGCACUGAGGGAGGAAGAGGAGCUUAAGAGUCUAAUGAUGAAGGAGAAGAUGGAACACAUCACAAGCCAUAUCCGCACCCUUUCAGACAAAAUCACAGCCAUAGAAAAUGCCAUGGACUCUGAAGACAUCUCUUUCUUAAAGACCUACAAAAAUAACAAGAGAAGAGCCCAGUGCGCACUGCAGGAUCCAGACAUGAUUUCAGGGGCGCUGAUAGAUGUGGCCAAACACCUGGGCAAUCUGAAGUUCAGAGUCUGGGAGAAGAUGCUGGGGAUGGUGCAGUACACUCCUGUGACUCUGGACCCCAACACCGCAGCCCCCUGGCUCUGUCUGUCUGAUGAUCUGACCAGUGUGACAGGCACUGGAGAUAAACAGGAUCUUCCUGACAACCCAGAGAGGUUUGACUCCUGUGUGAGCGUGCUGGGCUCUGAGGGGUUUACCUCAGGAAAACACAGGUGGGAGGUGGAGGUAGGGGACAAACCUGCGUGGACUAUAGGAGUGGUGAAAAAGUCCAUCCACAGGAAGGGACAAAUUAAAUGUGACCCGGUGAGGGGAUUCUGGGUAAUAACUCUGAGGAAUGGUGAGUAUAAAGUGGCAGGGGUUAAACGCCUUUCACUGAAGAAGAAACCCCAGAGGAUCAGAGUGCAGCUGGACUAUGACAGAGGGAAGGUGUUCUUCAUUGACACCACUAACAUGUCUCACGUCUACACCUUUAAUGACACAUUUACUGAGAGACUCUUCCCAUAUUUCUCUCCGUCUAUAAACAUUGAUGGUAACAACGCUGGAGCCCUGUGCAUCUGCCCUGUGAAGCCCUCUGUGACAGUGAUUCCAUCUCUGUGAAUGACUCUGUAACAGUGAUGUCAUCCUAGGGAAGGUAGCUGUAACAGUGAAGUAAUCUCUGUGAAUGACUUUAACAAUG